UGUGUGUGUUCACAGAGGGGGGAGGGGGGGGUUUAGUGUUGAGCGGAGGGAGGGCUCUUCUUCUCGGUCCGGACGGGUUUGUGGAGCUCGGUGGGUCUCACCGGUCCGUGUUGUGGCACCAAAAACCCGACAAUGUCGAAGUUGAGCUCGGGGCACCGAAACGGGGUCUCGGUGGUGAACCCGAGAGCCGUGUGCAGCGGGUGCAAACGCCUGUACCGGGACCCGAAGAUCCUCCCCUGCCUGCACACCUUCUGCUCGGACUGCAUCGGCCUGCUGGAGCCCUUCUCGGUGUCCUCGCGCAAGGGUCCGGAAAACGGCGAGGCGGCGGAGGGGCACCGAACCGCCGUCACGGUGCUCUGCCCCGACUGCGACUGCGAGGUGGACAUCCCGGCGUCGGGACCCGGAGGGCUGAGCACCGACCACCUGGCCCUGGACGAGGUGUUCCUGGAGACCCUGGCGACGGACGGCCCGCUGGGGUGCGACCUGUGCGGCGAAGGAGGCGCCGAGAGCCGCUGCGACGUCUGCUGCGUCAACCUGUGCGCGUUCUGCUGCCAGGCGCACAGGCGACAGAAGCGAACGGCGUCUCACUCCGUUCAGCGUCUGGAGGAGCUGAAGUCCGGAGGUCGUCUGCGCCGCCCCAUCCUCUGCUCGCUGCACCCCGGCCAGGAGCUCCGCCUCUUCUGUCAGCCCUGCGACGUGCCCGUGUGCCUGGAGUGCGCCGCCACGCUGCACCGAGACCACCGCUGCUGCCCCGCCCGCGACGCCAUCCAUCACCACGGGGGCCGCAUCCGAGAGCUGGUGGCGGCGCGCCUGCGACCUCGCGUGGAGCGCCUGAAGGACGCGCUGCAGAAGGUGGACGUAUCCCAGGAGGCUUUGCAGGCCCGCGUGGACGCGACGGCGAACGAGGUGAGGGCGUUUGCACGAGCGUACGCCAGCGCUGUGGAGGCCCACUGCCUGUCUCUGCUGCACCGCCUGGAGGAGCUCCGUGUCCAACGCAGGAACCAGCUCCACCUGCAGAGGGCGCAGCUGCAGCAGGCUCUGCUGGACGUGGGCGGCGGCGUGGAGUUUGCGGAGAGGCUGCUGAGCUGCGGCUCGGACUCUGAGAUCCUCAGCGCCAAAGGAGUGACCCUGAGGAGACUGACCAGCCUGGCGGAGACGGGCUACGACCCCCACCCGGCAAGCGUCGCCCCCGACGACGGCGGCGACAUCAGCUUCAUGGCCAGCGAGCCGGCGGGGGAGGUGGAGGGCUACCCGCUGGUCGGGGUGGUCAACUCCAAGACGGUGGACCUCAGCAAGUGCACCGUGGAAGGGGAAGGUCUCCAGAGGGGCGUGCAGGGCCAGCGGGGCCACUUCACCCUGGUGUGCCGAGACUCGGCCGGGGAGCAGGUGGAGCGAGGUGGAGAGCACGUCCUGGUCAGCGUCGUCCACAAGGAGUCCAAGAACUGCACGUUGGAGACGACGGUGGCCGAUAACAGCGACGGGUCCUACAGCGUUACGUACACACCUGCAGAGCUGGGGGAUUACUCAGUGAGGGUCUGUGUCAGAGCUCAGCACGUCAAGGGUUCUCCGUUCCUCCUCCAUGUGACGAGGAAGUUGAGGCGUCAUGGCGGAACGUUUCACUGCUGCUCGUUCUGCUCCAGCGGAGGAGCCAAAGAGGCUCGUUGUGGCUGCACAGGAACCAUGCCAGGGGGGUUCAAAGGUUGUGGUCACAGUCACAAAGGUCACCCCGGGAAGCCUCACUGGUCGUGUUGCGGCAGCACGGCGGAGCAGUCCGAGUGUUUGCCUCUCAGCGUGCUGGCUGCAGUUUCUCCACGCGGCCACCUGCGGACCGUGGAGCUGUGAGGAGGCUAGGAGACUAGGAGGCUAGGAGGCGAGGAGACGAGGAGGCGAGGAGACUGUCCAGGUGCAGUGACUGAGGCUCUGAAUCUCUUUUUCCACUUUCACUGUUCACAAUUUAACCAGCAUCAGUCGUGUUCAUCGCUACCGAAUAUUAAUUAUGACCCUCAAAUGCCAGUUUGUUUGUUUUUCAUGGUGCCAUUGUUUGAUUUUAUUGAUUUUUUUUUUUUUAACACAAAGGUGUCCAUAUUUUCACUCUCCUGCCCCUCAGAGGAGAUGGAUCUGUUUAUUAAUAUCUUCUGGUCUCAGGCGGAUAUUUUAAACCUUAAAGCUGCUGUCGAUCUCAAAAGGUGCUGAAAUCAAUGUUUUAUAUCUUUUUAAUGUAAAACUUGUUUAAAUAGAAACAUUUAACCGUCGAACUUUAUUACUUUUUGUAUUUUUAUAUUUUUCAGUCAAGGAAAAUAUAUAUUUUGAAAUGUAAAAAACUAUUAUAAUGCUGAAAUGUAUAAAUAGUUAUUCUUAAGUACACUGGAGAAGGCACGUGCAUUAACAUUAUCAUCAAAGAUGAUUUUUAUUUUUAUUUUACAUGGUGCAGAUAUCUUCAGCCCAAAUAUUGAGAUAACUGCAGAGGAUUUAUUUCGGCAUAAAUAUCGUCAAAUGGGUCAGAAUCACUAAUAUUCUAAUGAUGUGUUUGCACUGAAGUGUAAAAUGAUAAUUUCAAUAUAUUGUUCUCGACUCUUUGAUGAACAAAUGUCAAGGAAAAUGUUGGUUUUCAAGAAAUAACGUUACAAAAACAAGAAGUUAAAAGACGCAUCAUAUUCUCUAUUAGGGAAGUAUAUGAUAUAUUUUAAAAAUGAAAUAUUGGUAUCAUGUUAAUAAUACACACAUAAUUAUCUUGUAGAUUAUCCAGUGCCUCUUACAUUUGUAAAAAAAAAAAUGACAUUAGCAUUAUUGACAUUAUCAUUCACAAAUAAAUACUCCUAUUGUACUGCACCUAAUGUGAUAAUAUUUCAUGGUACAUUUGAUUAAAAGGUAAUCGAUACUUGGUUCUGGUUGCACUGAAACUGUUCAUAACGAGCCAUGUUUUUUAAUACUGCGGAUGAAUAUUAAUACGGUCAAAUACUGGAUUAAAGAAUCAAUAUGCUGAUGUGCAUUCAUCUGAGAGCCUUUGACUGCCUGUACAAUGAAAAUAAACACUCUUUAUACCUUU